GGUGCCGGUGAAAAUCAGUCCUCCAGACUUUCAACAUGUCAGGCUGUAAGAAGCCGCGAGCUGUUGCAAACCCGCUGGAAUCGACCAUUACAUCUCCGAGUGAAAGAAUACUGAAAGAAUGCCACACUUUAUAUAUCGACAACGACAACGGAUUGGUGAAAAUUGCAGAGAGUUUGGGAGUGAGGCUGUUACCGCCACGGAAAAAGAUUAUAGUUAUGAUUAUGGGAAACCAUUCUGCUGGAAAAAGCUCUUUUAUUAACUGGUAUGUGGAGGAGCACAUACAGAAGACAGGUGUUGCCAUUGAGACACAAGGCUUCACAUUUAUAACAAGUGGAAGAAAACGAGAGUCACUAACAGGAAAUGCAACAUUACACCUUUACCCACAUUUCAGACCUCUGCUGGAGUUCAAAGGAUGUGGAAAAAGAAACCACACAAAGGUUAGAGUAACACUUUUCUUCACAUUUGACCUAUCUGUAUUUUCAGGUGAGCAGGCGGACCUCAUCUUUGUGUUUUUUGACCCGAUGGGACAGGCAUUGUGCAAGCGUACAUUGAACAUUGUUGAGAAGUUGAGUGAGAAGUGUGGAGACAAACUGCGCUUUUACCUGAGCAAAGCUGACGAGGUUGGACGAGAAACAGACAGACAGCGAGUGAUGAUGCAGAUUGUCCAAGAGCUGUGCCGGAGACCUGGACUCAACAAAUGUGGCUUCGAAAUGCCCACGAUAUACAUCCCCAACCCUCAAAAACCCAGCAGAUGCAUCAACCAGAUUGAUGAGGUUUGUGAGACCAUUGAGAAGAGCAUAAACCAGGCAGUGCAAAAAACACUUGACCAGCUGGAGAAAGACUGUAACCUGAUCAUCUCUACCAUCAACCAUACACUGGAACAGGACCGGAUGAAUGUGAGCAGUAAUAAAAGCAAUCGUUUUAAUUCUUUCCUGUGUGGAGUUGGGGGAAUCUUCCUUCCAUCGCUCUUCAUCCUCAGCUUCAUCAUCAGCACCUUCGCUCCAGAGGAACUGGACUCUCUUGUUGGAGAGGGAUUGGCUAAAACGCUCUACUUUUCCACAGGAAUAGUUGUGUAUCUGUGGGACUGGAUUCCUGAAGAUUGGCAGAUAAUGUUUGUGAUCAUCUUUGGUGCUCUGUGCUACUUUAUGUUCUUCUUGGCCAAGUAUUUUGCACGUCAGGGCAGUAAGACGCUGACUAAAAGAGAGAAGAAACAACUGGCAGAGUACAGUGACUACAUCCAGGAUAUCGUCAAAUCCAAGAAGCGGAAGCUGUAUGAGGAGUAUCUUCGCCAGUGUGCUGCAGAGUAUGAUUUCUGAAGGAAGCCUGCAUGACAGCCAUCGGUCACAUCAGAGUCGUCGGAAUAAUUCAUAUGAAGCACAUCCCACAGCAAAAUCCCCCGAGUUAAAUCAACUCUGCUCAGAGUACAUAUUGUCCCAAUCUACAGAGUGUUAAAGUAACACUGAAGCCGAGUUAAAGUUAAUGGGACAAUUAAGCGAUUAAGGAAGUAAUGAUUGAGCACUAGUAAAGAAAACCCACUGUUAACAAUGUUGAACAUGAACAACUACUGCUCAGGCUUUUAGACAUGAAAACCUACCACACAAUCCUCAACAGUGGUAACUCUGCUUC